CCGGUAUAGCCAAAUUAUCACGAGCAAGUUGCGAGUUGCGAGUUCCGUGAGUUUAUAGCAGAUCUGCUUCAUUGAGAAAUGGCUACAGAUAAAUUAAGUUCAAUGAGAGAAGUGAAUAAUGUUGAAAAUUACAGAGUUCAGUGGACUGAUAAUAUGGUAAAAUUGCUGCUAGCAGAAAUAACUGCCUAUACAGAAUCGUCUACUAGUCCAUUAAAUAAGCAAGUUUGGAAAACUAUUGCUGCAGUUAUUAAUAUUCACGGUUAUAAUUUGACUGCAGAAAACUAUUCAAUCAAAUGGACUGGUAUGAAGAAAAAAUAUAAAACCUUAAAAGAUGCAAAUAAUCGCACUGGCGCAGCAAAAGAAACCUGGGAAUAUUUUAAUAUUAUUGAUGAUAUAUUAAGAAAAAAUCCAGAAAUUACACCUUUGUCCAUAGCAUUUAGUACACGUGGUUUUAGAGUAAAUGUAAAUACGUCUAAAAACAUGAAUUUGAGUACUGAACACGAAGAAAAUGAAGAAAAUGAAGAAAAUUUAGAAGCAACUAAUAUUUUAAAAAAUCGACCGAUAAAAAGAAGAAUACCUAAAAAACCUACCUGGAUUACAGAAUUACUAGAACAAAAAGAGAAACAUCACCGAGAAAAUUAUAACCAAAGAAAACGUUUUUUAUCUUUACUAGAAAAGUAUUUAAAGAAGUAGAUAGAAAUUUUUAAAACACAAAUUAAGUUUACUAAGCUCGUUAUAUUUUAAAUAUUAAUAUAAAAUAAUUUCUUUUUUAUUACAUUAAAUAUAAUAUUAAAGUGAUAUGUACAAGGUACAAAAUGAUAUGUGAUAUCUUAUUUUAAUAUUAUGUUUAUUUAUUUUUUUAUAUGUAACCAAAUGUUCCUUAUUUUGUGUAAUAAUUAUAACAUAAAUGUUUAUGUUGUAGUAAAUUAAAUACGCUUAGUUAUUCAUUACUUAAAAGUUUUUAUUCAGAUGUGUGCAUUAUAAGAUAAAGAUAUAUGUUACAAAUAUAUAGUGUUUUUAUUUUAAAGUUAUAUGUAAUAAAUUUAUUAAAUGUGA